UUUGCAAUGUCAUGGCCGGCGAAUGAAGCGUGUGUGAGAGAAAGAAAGAACGGAAAAUAAAGGAGAUAAAGAGCCAAGUUGUUGUUAAGAAACAGUCAAAAUGAAAAAAGAAGACGUAGAAAUGAAGGAGGCCUCCCAGAAAAAUGGCGCAGAGUCUGAAGAACCAGUAGCUGAAGUUUCCAAAGAGGAAAAAGAGAGGCUUGCUUUAGAAGGUAGGGUGGAAUUUCUUUGGCUUGUUGUAAAGAUUUCAGAUCUCCUUGUGAUAGCGGUUCCUAUUUUAAAAGAAAUGAUUAUGAAUUUGAGGGCCUUGAUUAUUUAUUAUACUAUCGAGACAACGAUAAGAUUUCCGUGUAACACCAUACAUUUAUUAUGCAUAUACAUGCUUCGACUCUAUUCCGAUAUAUUAAACUAUUUGUGAGAAAAACCAUGAAAUGGCUGCAUACAUAAUAAAUCAAUAAAUCUAUGGGGUUAUAUGAAAAUCUUACCCGGUCAACUCUUUCUGUCGAAAAGUCAAAACUAAAUUCUUCCCACCUACACUGUGUUUUCAAAGUGUAUGACAAUUUCCACUAUUUUUAAGUCUCGAUUAUCAAUGGGAGUCUGACUCAUCUAAUUGAAGACUAUAAAGGCUAACGCCUGGUUUUUAUUUGUCGGGAAAAUCCCAGACCGUCUUGGAUUUUACUGUGUCCAGACCGUCCCAGAUUUUGCCAACUAAUGAAAACUCUAAAUCCUGGAUAACCCCGAUGGUCUGAGAUGGUUGAUGACUAAUCUGGAGAAUCGGUAGCAUUUCUAUUUUCCGGACACAUCCCAGAUUUCUGCAAUGGUCGGCGAUCAUUCUCGACAAAUGAAAACUUAAAUUUGUACCACAACUGAAGAGCGAAAACAAUUAGAAACAACACGUAACACUUAGUUAUAAAGCUACCGUCAUUCUCUGGUCCCAAGGUGAUGGUUGUCUCAAAUGAAAAAACUUAAAUUUGUCCUUGUGUACCUUUGCUACUUCUACGAAAUGGGACCUCUACACAACCACAUUGCUCGAGACAGAACGUUUUUAGAAAAUAAAACCUAAAAAUGUUGCGGGGAGUUACUGAGGCACCGUAGAAUUUCCAUUUUUUCGCUUGUAAUAUUCAGACAUUAUUUUACUUUACCAAUCCUCUAAAUUGCUGUGGUCCAGUCCCUCUAUCACACAUGAACAUCGUGUCUCUGGGACAGACUUCUUCGGGUUGAAUGGAUCGCGCCUAUGUCCAUAUGGCAACUCUAGAAAAUGUGUGUUAAUGCUAGUCCCAGACAGUCAACUUUGGUUAGCGGUCUUGGAUUUUACUGUGUCCAGACCAGACUAUCUUAAUGCCUGAUUGAUUCAAUGGAAGCUAGACUCCCAGAUUUUGCCAACUAAUGAAAAAUCUCUAAAUCCUGGAUAACCCAGUGGAAUUUUUUGACCGAUGAUGGUCUGAGAUAGUUUGUCUUUCCUUUUCAGCAUAAAAUCUGAAAUAUAAAGAUAGAAAUUUUUGCUGACUGAAUUUUUCUGGAGAAUCGGUAGCAUUUCUAUUUUCCGGACACAUCCCAGAUUUCUGCAAUGGUCAGCGAUCAUUCUCGACAAAUGAAAACUUAAAUUUGUACCUUUGGGGACGUCGACGAUGGAAUUCGCUCUUUACCAAUCCUCUAAAUUGCUGUGGUCCAGUGACUAUUUCCUUCAAGAUCUGUUUCUUGUACAGUAGAACCUCAAUAUAACAAACCUCUAUAUAAUGAAGUCCUCGGCAUAACAAACAACUAUUUUUCUUUACCCCAGUAAUAGUAAAAUAUAUGGAAAAAACCCGCGAUAUAAUGAAACCUCGUUAUAGCGAAUAAAUUUGCCAGUCUAUUGGCCCUUUGUUAUAUUUUUUGGGCUCCAAUGUAUUCCUGAAUCGCAUGUUCACAGUCAGAAGAUUUUUUUCUGGUACAUGUGUAUGUUCUACUAAUGAAAAUGUGCUAGUUUAACCUUUUACAUGUAUGUGUAUUGCACAGACUUGAAAGAACAAGUGAAGUACAUAGAGAAGUCAGUGUCGUCAAAAGAAUCCCGUUUCUUAACUCGUGUGCUGAGGUCCAUUCCAGCCACAAGGAAAAAGCUGACUCAUCCAAUCCUACGAAAGCUCAUUUGUGGAUUCUUUCCUAAUGGUAAGUGCUGGUAAUUAUACAUUCUCACAAAUUAAUCAGAUAGUGGCUUAACUAUGAGUGAGGCUAUUUAUUUUUACUCGCUUAGAGAACCAAGCUUGUGAACCAUUGAUUCUCUUGUAUGCAAAUUUAUUUUAUGCUAUGCUGAUUUUGUGGCUGUUAAGAGUGUGUCCAUGAGAGAACCAGGCAGGAGGUGAUAAUGCUCAAAUCACGGAUUUCGCUCAAACUUGGCACAAUUGAUGGGUGUGGUGAGAUAUUAACCUCGACAAAAAAUAAGGUCGCAAUAUUGAAUUCCCUGGGAUUUACAGGGACCCCCCCUAAAAACGCUGACUUUGGUUUGGCUUUUCAACAAGAAGAAAAGACAACUUCAAAUCUAAUCAACUUUAUCAUCUUCUAUGUUUAUCAAACUUAAUGCUCAGUAAUUUAUUUUUACUCUCUAAUUCGAUCUCUUCCUAUUAUUUAGCCUAAAGUAAGGACAUCUUCUCACUGUUUUGACCAAACCCUAAAUUUAAGGUAUUUUAGUGGCUAACAUCUCCCAUGAGCAACAACCUAUGUACUUAAUUCUCACAUAUUCUUUGAAAGACAUCUUUAAGGUUAUCAAAUCAAUCAUAAAAUAUUUGGGCAAUCUCAUACUUUAUCAAUAAUGACGUAAUAUGUACAUCUGACUUGACGCUUAUUUGUCAUUUGACCAAAAUUGGAAGAAACGUAACAUUCGUUUUUUUAAACAAAAAUAGCACGGAGAUGACGAGAAGUCACAAAUCAGAUGCGUUAUUAUCGAUACUAAUAGCGGAAUUGUUAGAACGUGUCACCUGAGGCAUGUUUUCUGUGUUAUUUAUGGACGUUUGGAUGGAUAUUUUAUGGAACGCUUGAGUAAACACAAGGAGCAAAAAGAGUUAGUUCAAAACUUGAUCGGUCCAACUUGUAGGUGAAACAAGACCCAACAAGGAUAAAAGAUAGUGAAUAAAUGUUACAUACACGUCCCUCAGGUGCUUUAGUCCAGAUUUGCUGUUCCAGUUUCGCCUGGUCCUUUGUGGCGCUACUUCAUGACGAGGUAAUGAAAUCGAAACAUCUUGAAACAUUGCAGAAUUAAAAGUGUCGGCUUUUCACCGAACAUUAUUCAAGUCUUAGAAAUAAGUUGUAGUCAGAAAGAGCAAAAUCAUUCUCAAAGGACAAGAAGGAUCACUAACAAUCCAUCUAUAUCUACAGAAAACAACUACCUGCUCGAACACCCUCCAUCUUUGACUUUAGACUCUGCCAAAAAGAUAGAAUCUGUGACGCCGACUACCGGACUCCGAAUGUGGAAUACGCUAUCUAUUGUUGUACGCGCGCCAAUAUCCUGUUAUAACUGGUGUGUUGAAAAUAGGUCGUGAAAGUCGUGUUACUUGAAAUUUUGAGUUUAUUCGAUGUUGACAUUAAUUACCAUGAUAAUAAUGGUCCAUAAUAGCCCUUUUGUAGUCAGACCGUGCGUGCAGUUUUUAGACAAUUAAUGACUUACCACUGGGUAUAAUUACUUACUUAGUUGUAUUUUAAUCCUCGUAGUCUUACAACUAUACAGGUUGGUAUCUGUAUCUGGGUAUAUUAUUGACUACAAAAAUAUAAUAAUAACCGUUUAUAAACGUGUUGAGGAAAAACUUCUGAGGAAUACAAAAGACCCAAAAGGGGGCACUAAUACAUUGCAAAAAAAGUCGGCUAGACUUCUUUGGCUAUAAGGAAGGUGUAAGAGAACAGUUUCUUGAGCACAGACUAAUACACUAUAUUCACUUCUCAUUUAAACUGUCAUUUGAUGGAUUCAUACAGUAGAUUAAGUUCUCUUAACGGACACUCUCGUAUAUAUAGCGAAUAGCUCUACUUACGACCACCAUCACAAAAUCCCGUUUCAACUCCGACACAAACUCUGGAUUUUUACAUUCCGUGUGGCGUCAUGACACUUAAAGGGUUUACCGGCGAAUUAGAUGUUAGCUUUGAUUUAAAGCUCUCCUAAGCAGACACUCGAAAGAAAUCUUACCCGCCUCUGAAUGUUUUUUUUUUUUUUGUUCAUAUCAUGUCCACAGUCAUAUGGCUGUUUGUCACUGUUAUGAAUCAUUCUUAUAUAUCCUUUUCAGAGUUACCGUUUUUCACAUACUCGUCCGUUACACUUGAAAAUACAAACUGAAUCGUAUGCUUUUACGUAAAUUACAACAAGGCAAGAACAUCAGCGUAACCAUACACUAAAAAACAGUUUUUUGCUACUACCAGUAAUUUGUAGCUGGGAGGAGCUUCCGUAAGCAGCUAUCUAACCUUUACACCACUUUUAAAGUGGUUGAAUUCCACUUGCAUAACUAUCCUGCAUAUGAGAUUCAUUCUUGUAAGCGGCCAGAUCCAGUUAAGGACACCUUUUUCUCGUCCCAAGGGCACCCUCGUAUGAGAGCUUCCACUGUAUUACAAUUUUAGGAUUUCUCUUGCAUUUUAACAAAUUUUCGCUUAACGAGGCACAGUCGAACCUACGUGCGACCACCCAACUUAAGUGACCUCUUCCCAAUAAGCGAUCACUUAUUCAAAACAUGCACCAAAUAUAUUAUCAAGUCAAGCGCUUGUAGUUGGAACCUCCUGUAAACGAACACAUCCACAUCCAAUAAGCGACCGCGACCACUUUUUACGAUGACAGUCUGAUUGAGAAUUUUCCAUGGUGCGAUGGUCUGAUCUCUGCGUUCCCUGUAUGUCCUAAGCUACUCGGAGUAUGAGAGGAACUUUAGAAACAAAUUAGAUUUAUCUAUAGUAUAUUGUAACUUAAAAAUUGCAUGCAGUACAUUCACUCCAAAAAGUAGAUGUGUCCGCACUUUUCCUCGUUAAAGACCUCCUGCGGUUCGACUCUCGUAAAACCCAAAUUUUCCUUGGGCAACCUUCCGACCACGCACGGACCGGAACAUCAAAUGUCUGUAACUUAAUUGGUGUGUCUGUCCAUAAUUCAACAUCUGCCUGCCUCAGCACGGCACACGGCUUGGCACUAAACUGGUUUUGGUGCCCAAGAGUACGCAAAAAGGCCCUUCCGAGAUCUAGGACGAGAAAAUUGACCUUACCUGGGUAGGGUGAGAAAUUUGAAAUCGAAGUAUUACAGUUGAAGUAUCUCUCGGAGGGAAUGUGGGAAGGGUGUUAAACAUAUGGAAGCGGUUGUUUGAGAAAAAUAUCAAACUCAAUGUGAAAGUGUGGUGUAUUUUGAAUUCUACUUGGAAACAUUAGUGCCACAGUUAGGCUUUAUAAGACCCCCAACAGACCGUGCGAGAUAAAAAAAUUCACUGUUUAUGACAGUCAAAUCUGGUGCCAGCAGGGUAGGGCAUUUGUACGCAAUUUGGACUCUCCCCCGGGGAGAAGGGACUCCAGUAUGAAAAAAAAAAUGGAUUUCCUGUCGCAAGCCAAUCUGGACGUGUCUCACGCUUUAUUUGUCUCUUUGAACUGGUCUGCACUAACAUCCGGCUUCACUUCGCUGCUAUUUCACGUGCAACUAAAAUAGAAAAAAUAGUUCUUUCCAAAACACGAAGACAAAACGACUUCUAUCUCCGAGUUUGAGAAGACAUGGGAUCACUUAUAAUCAUGGUCUGAAUAAAGUUGCCAAUAGAUUUGGAAUUCUAAAUUAUUUAUCAGCAUACAAUAACAAUAAAAUAAUCUGAGAGAAUGUCGGAAAGUCAUUUUGUUCACUGAACUCUGGCUCCUGGCUCCUGGUUCCUGACUCCCGAUACGAUGUUUCCGUUUGGUGGCAACCGCUGCUUAAAAAUGCGGGCUCCAUUUAAUGUCAAAGAUGUCGGACGUUUGCAACAUGUGAAUUGAGCUACAACAGUGGCAGAAAUCGGAAUUCUUUCAAUGGGUUAAGAAUCGGCUUUCUACAUUUCGUAUUGUUUUGUCCUAAAACAACUUGAUUUGGAUUUUGGUGCGUAAACUGAUGGCUAAGGAAUUUUAGUCGUACAGCGAGUCACGACGCUGAACUACGCUGAACUGGACAUCGUGGGUGGCAUGAAGAACAAAUCAAAGCGGCACAAACUAGCAGUUGAGACAUCUAAGAGAUACGUAUAUGGAUUUUAUUGAUCGUUUAUAUUGUUUUUUAGGGCUUAAAUUGUUAAAGUAAGUAGAACUGUGAAUUAAAUCUUUGUAUGUUGUUUUUACUUGAAAAGAUCGCGUGUAUCGCUAUCAAAAAUCAUUGUUAGCGUUUCUUGGACAACAAUUUUUAUGAUUUUACCCUUAUUAAUGUUAAAUCAUUGUCUGAUGAGUUUUUUUUGUUCGAUUUCUCCUCAUUCAAAGGCAAACACACGAAAUAUUGUGAGGGCCUGAAUUUUGAUGAAAUAUGCAAGAGCCGUUCAGUCACAUGAACAGUUUAUGUCAACACGUGGAAGAAAGUGAAUUGCCCAAACUUUUUAUGAUCUUUUUCUCAACUUAAGUGAUGGCUUUAACUACUCAUGCAAAAGUUAUAAAGAUAAGCGGUUGCUCAUCAGAGAUAUUUGGGAAUAAAAUACCCUAAUUUUACGUCUUACUCAAAACUUGGAAAUGAUGACCAAACUUAAGGGGGCUAAGAGGGGGGAAAUCGAAUCGGCGACUUUAAACAGUUUAUUGUGCUUAAAGUCUUAUGAUGUCAGAUGAUCUCUCAGUGCAUUUAAGUUCCAGGUGGCUUUUCUGUUUGUUGCACUGGCAUCGUAAAGUUAGCUAAUUAAUUAUGCAUAAACGGGCAAAAUGGCGAUUUUUACAGGGGGAGCCCGGAUCUCCCAGGGAAUUUAAUAUUUUGACCUGACAUUCUGUCACAUAAGCUAACUCCUGAUACCUAACAUUUGUGCCAAGUUUGAGCGAAAUCGGUGAUUUGAGCAUUAUCACCCCCUGCCUGGUUCUGCCUGGUUUUCUCAUGGACACACUCUUAAAAUGCAGGCGCUGAUUUUCUGCUCUUUAGAAAACAACUGGUAUCCUUCAGGAGUACAGACCUAGAAUAUUAAACAAUUAUGUAUAAAAGUAGGAUGCUGAGCAAUUUUGCAGACAAAACCUGGCACAUUGCCAAAUUUUUUCUGAUUGAUCAUGGCUCAAGUCCCUCAUGCCCUUAGAACAAGCGACUAUCGAGCUUCUUCAAACCGGAGAAUUUUUUUUGUUUUUAAAAUGCCCCACUACGCAAAGUUGUCGUAGUGAAUAACAAAAGAAAAAUCUUUUACUGCCUGAUGCAUCUGAACUGACUCAGAUGCUCGUCAGCGAUGACGAGCCUUGCCUGCACUGUACUUUUUAUAUCAUAGUCGCUAAUGAUCCCAGUUUUCCAGUAACCUAGAGCUACCAUCAGUUGUGUCCAGGCAACAGUUUUUCACCUGGCUCUGUGUGAUUGUUCCGAGUGCAUAACUUAUUGAUUGUUUUUCACAUGUCUUGUUAAUAGCAUCCGUUACAAGAGAUGCCUUACUUGCAUUUUUAGAUGAGGUGGGUUUGUUUGUAUUUCUGGAUGAAGUAAUUACCUGGGAGUGGGCUACUUAAGGACUUUUUAUAUAAAUAAAAGAUUUAAGCUGUGAAAGUCAUUUUGGGGUUGGAAAUAAACUUUUUGAGGACUUAAUUUUCAAUGAGGAGGAAGUAGGGGGUGCAUGUAUUUUACAAUGUCAACAUUUUCUGGCAGUUUUUUGGGGGGUUAAAAAUAGUUUGUUUGAGGUUGUUUGGCAGGGCAGUGGGAUGGUAAUGAUGGCAAAACCCAGUUAAUUAUACAGUCAAACCCCCACUAUAUGGGCACCUGCUUGAUACGAACACCUCAACAUUUUGCCCCUGGAUUAUGGUAAAAAGUCUUGAGUUUUUUUUGAAGCUAAAACAAGUGCUUUAUAGGUGAUUUUUUUUUAAAAUUCUGGUCAAAUCUUAUUCAAUCUCACCUAUACGUUUGUAGUGCAUCAUGAAAAAAGUUUUGUUCCUGCCUUUCACUUGUUUGAUAAGCUUGAGUCUGGAAAAAUAAAUUAUUGUUUUGGAAAAAGUCUGGAAAAAGUCUUGAAUUUUGGAUCCAAAAAUCUGUACGAACCCUGCUUACAGUUUUUCUAAAUUCAACCCACUUGAUAAGGACACCCUAUUAAUGUGGAGACUGAGGGGUCCAUUAGAAAGUGUCCAUAGUAAUGUACAUUUCUAUCAAUUAACUUAACUUGCAUGCUUGAAAUAGUACUUUAAGAAGACUCUUUGUUAUCAAUCCCAUAGCUUUCCUUUCUUGAUCUAUUAAAAUCAUUAAUAUCUUUUCAGCCAAUGGAGUCUGAAGUCUCAACACCAUUCAGACCUCGCAGUGCCAGACUAAUAGCAGCUGCUUCUCUCCCAGAAGUUGAAUUCUAUUUUCAUCUGUUAGUGUUGAUUCACCUCAUUGAUACAGAGUGUUACAAUGAGGUAGGUCAGCUUUAUGAGUUCUUACAGUACAUUCAAUUUCUGGAUCACAUUGUGAUGUUUCACCUAGAUUAGCAAAUGUUACCAGGGGACCAGUCUUUUUGUUUCUUGUAUUUGCAAAUAUUUUUGUGGUAAAGUUGAAGUUGAAGUACAUAUUAUGGGGAUCAUUAAUUUGGAUCGUUGAGAGGUUGUAACAGUUGUACAUAACCGUGGUUGGCAUUGGGGAGUGUCUUAAACUAUGAAUGGAAACUAUGAGUUCAAGUCAGCAAGGCUUUGAGUUAUUGGGGUCAAUUGAAUAUGCAAUUUGCCAGGUUAAUAAUACAUAGUUAACUGAUUUUUCAGCUCUUCAGUUUACAAUACAAUGGAAAGUAAACUUAUCUCAACUAAUUUUUUCAGGUUUCAUCCGACACCAUAGGGACUUUUUUGCUUGUGAUUUUUGUCCCCUUUUGAUCAUUCCUGUCACUUUUACUCUGGAUUGCCCACCUCCUUGUUACAAUCAUUGUUGUGUUGUUUGUCAUGUUAUUGCAAUACAACUUUUAAAAAAGUUCUUUUUUGUGUUCUUGAAUUGUAGGCAGUUCAGUGUUCAGAACUGUUGAUGCAGAGAUCAGUGGCUCAUAACAGAAGAACACUGGAUCCUCUUUUGGCAAAGUGUUACUUCUACCACUCUCGAGCUUACGAACUGGUUGGCAGAUUAAAGGAAAUCAGAAGGUAUUUCAAGUAGAGGACAAAUUAUACAAAUUUUAUAUCACAUAACUUCUAGGGUCAAGAUGACUCAAGUCUGAUCAUCAGAAUAACCAUAAUUAUUUUGCAAUAUUGAGUAGUUAAGUGGUCAAUUCUCUCUUAUUAAGUUUACUCCUAAUGGUGGCAAAAAUAAGGUUCACCUAAGCCAUCUCAAUCAUCCCAGUCAUCCUGGUCAUCCUGGUCAUCCUAGUCAUCUUAGUCAUCCCAGUUAUCCCAGUCAUCCCAGUCAUCCCAGUCAUCCCAGUCAUCCUGUUCAUCAUAGUCAUCCCAGUCACCCCAGGCAAUCCCAGGCAUUCCCAGUAAUCCCAGUCAUCCCAGUCAUCCCAGUUACCCUAGUCAUUCCAGUCAUCCUGGUCAUCCCAGUCAUCCUAGACAUCUUAAUAAUACCAGUCAUCUCAGACAUUCGAGUCGCCCCGGUCAUCCAGGUCAUCCCAGUCAUCCUACUUAUCCCAGUCAUUCCAGUCAUCUUCCUUAGUCAUCCCUGUCAUCCCAGUCAUCUUUGUCACCUCGGUUAUUCCAGUCAUCUUAGUCACCUCGUUCAUCCCAGUCAUCCCAGUCAUCCUACUCAACCCAGUCAUCCUAGUCAUCUUAGUCAUCCCAGUCAUCUGGGUCAUCCUUGUCAUCCCAGUCAUCUCAGUCUUCUUUUAGUGAUCCUGAUCAUCCCAGUCAUCUUAGCCAUUUCAGUUAUCCUUAGUCGUCGUCAUCCUGGUCAUCCCAGUCAUCCCGGUCAUCCCAGUCAUCCCUGUCAUGCCAGUCAUCUUAGUCAUUCCAGUCAACCUGGUCUUCUCAGUCAUCCCAGUCAUCCUAGUCUUCCUAGUCUCCCCAGCCAUCCCAGUCACCCUGGUCAUCCCAGUCAUUUCACUCAUCCCAGUUACUCCAGCCACUCUAAUAAUCUUAUUCUUCCCAGUUACCCUAGUCAUCCUUGUAAUUCCAGUCAUCCUUGUCAUCAUAGUCAUCCCAGUCACCCUAGUCAUUCCAGUAAUUCCAGCCAUCCCAGUCACCUUUGUUAUCCCAGCCUCCUUAGUCAUCCUAGUCAUCCCCGUCACCAUGGUGUAUAUAGUAGUUAACUGUAUCAGGUUUUUUUUUUGCAAUAAUAGUAUCAGAAGUAAUGUAGUAGUAGAUAAAAAAUCAAAUGUAUGAAUAUAUUUGGUUUGAAAAUUUUUAAAGAAGAAUAAGAUAUCAUUUUCUUGCCUACCUACCUACCUACCUUCCUUGUUACCACAGUCAUCCCAGUCUUCCUUGUCAUCCUAGUCAUCCAAAUCACCCUAUUUUACCCAAUUAUCCCUGUCACUACAAUCGUCAAAGUCAUCCUAGUCAUCCUAGUAAUUUUUUCAUAUCUAAUACUGAGCUUGUUUAAAAGGGAUGCCUUGUAUAUUUUGGGCAGUACAGUGUAUAUAUCAAUAUGUUUAUUAGUUUUUUAUUGUUUUUCACAGUUUUCUACUUGCUAGACUCAGGACGGCUACUCUGAGACAUGAUGAUGAAGGACAGGUUAGUUUAUUUUUUGCUAAGACCGUGUUGCAAUAGUAGUGAUAAUAGUAAUAUUUAUGCCUACUGGUUUUUUACUGCAUAGAUAAUUAUUGUAAAUUAUUAUAAACUUAUAAAUAUGCGUAUGUUGCAGGUAGAAUGCACAGUGUUUAAACUUGCCCUAAUUCAUAGGAUACAAAAAAAUUCCUGGUUUAACCUGAGCAGGCAUUUUUUGUACAACAACUGUUUGAACAAGUCACAUUCAUAUUGUAUAUUUCAACUUUUCUGUUUUCUUUCUUGCAGGCCAUUCUUUUGAAUCUUCUUUUAAGAAACUACCUUCACUUUAAUCUGUAUGAUCAGGUACAAAGGAGUAAAAAUACGGCACUUUUACCAUGCAUUAUUUAGAAUUUUUUUGAAAUACUUCUUUAAAUGGUCACUUGACUGAGACACUUGCUUUUAAAUGUUGUCAAAAUGGAGAAUGAGGAAUGGUGAAAAGUGAAAUGAGACAAUCUGAUGCUAAAUGGACUAUUAAAGUACUGUACCUGUAAUUUUACAGUACCAAGUUUUGCAAAAUUAUCUAUCAUCUUUUUUUCUAAUUUUCACUUUUUAUUUUCCAAAAAUUUACUUCAUUUUUGCCAUUCCCUAAAUUCCCAAAAUUUCUAUCUCACACCCUUUUCUAUUGUUUAUGUACUACAAUGGAGGUAAAAAAUGAUGGGACAGUUAACACGAUAUGAGUAAAACUGACUAUGUUCCCACGCCCUCCCUGACUAAUACUGAAUUUUGAGCAAAUUACUUUUUUUACUUCACUGAGAAAUCUCAUAUCAUAAAAGCUAUCUUGUUUGCAAUCAAUUUUGUACUAAUAAUUAACCACAAAGUAAUUAACUCUUGUCACAUCUUUUCGGACAUUUAGGCAGAGAAAUUGGUAUCCAAGUCCCAAUUUCCAGAAUCAGCUACUACAAAUGAAUGGGCCAGAUUUUUGUAUUACACAGGUUAGUUAAAGAGAACUAUUUUUCUUUAUUUACUUUGACAGAUUUCACGCUAAUUUAUUAUAUUUUAGGAUUUUUCUUGGUAUUGUGGAAACCAUUGUUGGUGUGCUUUUGUGUUGUGGUGGUGGGUCUUGUUCAGCGUAUUUUGAAUCUUUGGUAUUAAGCCAUUUGGUUAUUGCACCCGUGCACAACAUCAGGAGAUUAUCCAAUUUUUAGAUCAAUGUGUGAUCCUUAAGAGGUUGUGUGCCAUGAUUGUUGAACAGUGACCUUGGUGAAACACAUCUCACCUUUAAAGUGAAAUUGAACUGCAGUGGACACUCUGUAAAUUGUUAUUUAAUAUUUUGGUGUGAUUACAAUUUUACCCAAGAGGAUUGUGGCUCUCUUUUAUGUUAUUAUUGUUGCUGAUGGCAAAUCAUAUAAACUUGGGUUAGUUUUAACAUUGAGGUUUUCACAUAUUUUUUUGGAUUUCACUUGUAGGAUAACUUUCAAAAAUAUUUUGACCAGCAGAACUGGCAUUCUAGAGCAACCUAAGAUACAGCAAAAUCUCAUUUAGUUAAAAAGCGUAAUCAGUAUGUUAAUAUUGGGUGAAUAGUAUUUAUUUUAAUUUUUUAAAUCCCAAGAGUGACCAACAUCAAUUUGCUCCUAACAACAGCAAUACAUCAUCAAGAGAAAGGAUACAAGAGUCAAUGAAAUGAUCGCCAAAGGAAAUGCUCUGAUCUUUUAACAAAUUCUCUGAACGAAUAGGGAUGUACAUAGAAUGAUGAGGAUCAGGGGGGAAUUUGUAUGUCGAUAUUGAGGCUAUUGUCUCACUGAGACACCUUCAAGUUGUGGUUUCCUAAUUGUUCUUUUUACAUUUAGGUAUAAUCAAAGCCAUUCAACUGGACUACUCAGAGGCACAUAAGAAUCUUCUGCAAGCAAUAAGAAAGGCACCACAACAAUAUGCCUAUGGUUUCAAGCAAACCGUAAGUACAUGUAGUAAGUAGAUCAUGAUAACAGAGGACAGUCGACUCCCAACAACUUGAACCUUCUAGGGAAAUUGAAAAAAGUUCAAGUUAUCGCAAGUUCGAGUUAUCAGGAGUUUGAAGCAAGUAUUAACCGGAAGUAAACAAAUAAGCAAAAAGAUGAGGGAAUGUAAGUAUCAUGCACACUCAGUUCAAAGAGAUGGACACUGAAUUUGAACUGAAGUGAACAAAAAAUACUUCAAGUAGGAGGUUCAAGUUAUCAAGGGUUUGAGUUACUGAGGGUAAGAUUACAGUAAAUGUAGGAAGGAAAUCCGGGGGAAAUCAACUUUGGUUCGAGUUAGCACAAGGUUCGAGUUAGCGAGGGUUCGAGUUAUCGGAAGUCAACUGUACUCCAGAAGCUCCAGCAGCCUGCAAAAGUUGCCAUUUACACUGUAGUUACUAUGGAAGUGCUGGCUGCUUAAACAAAAAUUUUUUUUAAAAGAAGUGGAAAAAUUGUUGGUAUUUGUUUCUCAUUUACUUUUUUAUACACUUGUGUGAAGAGAGACAAAGUGGAGUAAAAUUCCUUAUCUAAGGAAACAACAUGACGGGCAAGACUUGAACACCAGACCUCCAGAUCUGGGGUUCGAGGUGUUAACUGCUCUGCCACAGAUGCCUUUGAUCGCAAUUCAUUGAAGAUACUUCAAAAUUAUAUGCCUUAAAUGUACACUACAGUGAAACCCCAACCAAUGGGGCAAAACAUUUGGCUGUAUUUAUGAGUGACCUUAUUAGCAAGGGUUUUUUUGCAGGAAAAUGUAGGGUCGUUUUGCCAGGGGGCAAAAAAAGUUACCAUAAUAACGAGGUGAUCAAUUACCGCCAUAAGGCAGGGUCCCACUGUAGUUGCAUCCUGGCUUUUCUUUUAAAAUCUGUUAAGUUAAUUAUCCAAGCAAGCCUGCAUGCAAAUCAAUUAUUAUAAGCAGCGUGAAACAGAAUUCCUUCAAAUUUUUUUGUCUAAGACAAUAAAAAAAUAUUUAUUGGUCCAUUUUUUAAAUGAAGGUUGAUUUAUUUGGCUUGUGGUGCUAUUUUUCAACAUUUUUGGUGAUGAUUUUCAAGGGUGGUCCAAAACAGCUUUUCACUGUACUGUUAAGCUAUUAAAUGAAAUAAAAAAUAAUAGAAAGUUCAUAUCCUGUUGGCAUUUCUUUUCUAUAGGCACAGAAGUUUGCGAUCGUUGUUCAACUACUUCUUGGAGAAAUACCUGACAGAGCAACAUUUAGAGAGCCUUCCCUAAGGAAAACACUAGUACCAUACUUCCAGCUAACUCAAGGUUGGUGUUGACUUUGUUAUGGACAAUUGAAGAGAAAAGUUGUCUUAAAAAAUAUCACAUUUUUAAUUUAAAUUAUUGAUUUUAAAUUAACAAUGAAUUGUACAGAAGUCACCUUGAAAGGUUUCUGGAGGGAGGAAGGGAGGGGAAAAAAAUGAAGAAUGAUACUAAUAUUAGAACAAAAAUUAGAUUUUUUAGCUCCCCUUGUCAGAGUGCACGAAGUGUUUAGCUGAUGAUCUGUACUUUGGGUGGGGAGAGACAAAAAUAUUGCAUUAUGUGAAGUAUCAUCCAGACAGUAGAAUGUUUUCAUACUGUCUGUUUCACUAAUGCUUACAAGUACUGGUUCUUUCUAGAACUAUUUUCACCUUGGAACAAGCUAUUUUGAAAUAUAAUAAACUUUAGUCCCUAAAAUGAUACUGGUACAUUGUAUUUUGACUUAAGUUUGUGAUCACUUUUUUCCAACAGCUGUGUUAAAUGGCGACUUGAAGCUUUUUAACCAAGUGAUUGACAAAUACAAGGAGAAGUUUUUGUCAGAGAAGACAUAUACACUAAUCGUCAGGUUAAAUUUUGCUUCCUUGUUUUUCCACAUUAUACUGGUCAGAGCAUUCUGAUCAUUCACUUGAACACUUUUGUAAGACUUGGAUAAGUUUAAAGCAGACUGAGUUUCCUCUUUCCUAACUUUAACGAUAAGUUAUCUGUUUUGAGUAUGCUCAUUAUCAAGUGGGAUUUGGUAGAUUACAUGUACAUCAAAGGUGAAAAAAAAAAAGAAAGACGAAAACAACAAAUCAGAAAAAAUCCAAAGUCGUUAUCAGCUGUAAUUUACUCUACUGCGUAAAUGUAGUGUCCAUGUUUUCAAAAGAAUAUUUAAAAUAAGCUGUAAUUGCUACAAAAUAUGGUUAACAGUUCCAAUCAAUGACAAAUUAAGAUUGUGCAGUCCUAUCCUCAAAUUGGGUAAAACAAUCUGCACCCCGACCUUCUCCCCUCCACUAAAAAUUGGCAAGUUUGUUGUUUCUGGCAGGUAGCUUGCACAACUGCACAAUAUUGCGUGGGGGGGGUGGGGGAUAGAAGGCUUCAUUUCCCUUUUGUGAAGUUUGCAAAUUGCCCAAAGGCCCUUUAAGACAAAGUGUCUUAAUUUAUUUUGUUGCCGGUUGUAGACUGUUGUACAUUAUUAUUUUGUGUUGAUUUUUUAGGCUGCGACACAAUGUCAUCAAGGCAGGAGUACGGAUGAUAAACUUGUCCUACUCACGCAUCUCACUCUCUGAUAUUGCUCAGAAACUUCAGUUGGACAGUCCUGAGGAUGCCGAGUUCAUUGUCGCCAAGGCAAGUAUUAUUACCAUAUUGCUUGAAAAGUGCAGUUUCUUGGUGUUUUGGAAGCUCCCUAACAGUUCACAAUCCUUUGUUUUUUGUUCUUAAAUUGAGACUGAAUAAAUUAAUGCGAUGUUUUUAUUGGUCAGUAAGUUCAAAAUAAAAGGAAUGUUAUUGAACCUUGUGCAUGGUCAGGUCCAAAAAAGCUAACAAAAACAUAUAACAAAAGAGUCUGACGGGUUUCGUAACCAUUCUACUUUAAUAACUAUGCUAUAACAAUACAACUUAAAUGUGAUGUAAUGACCCAACAGGAAAAGGAGAAAUAUAAAUCACUUUGCACGUAGUUAGUAGAGGCUGGAGUGCGGGAGUGUGACCUUUCUUUCUUAUUUUUGGUCUUUUAUGAACCUGUUUUUCAAGGAAAAUGGAUGAAAUGCUCCACAGACUGGUUGUUUAUGUGUGGAUUUCACCUGAUUAACUUUCUAUGAAAUCACUAACAAUAGCAUUUUAUUGUAAUGAUAAGCUAUAGCAGCUACCAAUAAAUUUUUGCUAAAGGAUCUGAAAACUGUGUUUUUUUAGGCAAUUCGUGAUGGUGUUAUUGAUGCUACUAUUGAUCAUGAGAAAGGCCAUGUUCAGUCCAAGGUAUAGUGAAUGUCAAGAAAUUUUAUGUAGCUUAGAAAAUUUGUGCCAAGGUAGAUUGAAGUCAUGUCACUUUACAAUACUGGAUAGCUGAAUCUUGGUGGGGGUGUGCUGCCUGGUUCUCCAAAUCCUGACCCAUUUUCAGACCAAAAGUGAUUUUCCACACCCAUUUUCAGACCAGACCUCUAAAAUCUAUACCCGUUUUCAGACCUAGCCUUUAGGCAAAAAUUGUGUGAUCAUUACUUAGAUUAGAGGGCAAACAAAAAAUUCUUCAAAUCUAUUUCAAAUUUGCAUAAUUCUCUUUUUUUCUUACUCAUUUGGAAUUGAAACGAUAAAUACAUUCAUGCACUCCUGUAGUUCCUUCGAAAACCAUACCCGAUUCCAGACCAAAUGGGCAAAGUGUAUGCCCGUUUUCUGACCAAAACGGCGCAAAAACCAUACCUUCUGGGACAGCACAUGUUCAUGGUCUCUAGGUGGUCAGAUCAGUUGAUCUCACUGUAAUUCUAACUUUAAAAUCUGAACAGAGAUCUCUUUGCUUUGGUAUUUUUAGCUGGACCUAUUUGGUUUGUAACUGUUAGCAAUAGCAUGGAAGUUUUCUUUUUUAAGUCUAUUUUUUUUAUUUUUUUUUGCUCUCAUGGUUGUAAAAAGGUGAUCUUGUUUUGCUUGUUGUUGCAGGAAAAUGUAGACAUCUACUCCACUAAUGAGCCGCAAGGAGCUUUCCACCAGCGAGUUAGCUUCUGUUUAGAUCUCUACAAUCAGUCUGUUAGGGUAAGUACAAUAUUCAUCCACACACUGUUGAAUUUGGUUUGUUGAAAAACAAGUUAGAUUAUCACUUAGAUUGUUUCAAAAUUUACUGAAAACAAACAACAAACCUGUGUAGCAGGGAUAUCUGUUUUCCUGUGUUUUGUUUGUUAGUUUGUUUUCUUGUUUGUUUUGCUUUAAAGGAUGCCUAGCUUUCAGACAGUGCAAAACGUGGAUCAAUGUGGACACCAAAUUUGAAUACAUCAUUUGAAAUCUUUUUUGCUGCAGUGUUGUUGUUGUGUGCACGCAAAGUUUCAGUGUUAUCUCUGGAAACAGUUUUGCAUGUUCCACAAACUCUUUGGAAACUUUUAACUUGAAAGUCAAUGACAGUUCAAGAAAAAUUGCUAAAUAAUAACAAUCUGUGUAAAACAAAAUUGUGUAUGAUUAUCAUUGACAUUUAACUGAUAAACCAAUUCGGCUAACUCAAUGUUGUACCCAAUUCAGAUCUCUCGGGGUUAAGAUUCUUUGUGCACUGUAUUUGCAUUAUAAGGUGGCAUUCACAUUUAAAUGAUUUGGAAAUUCCUGAAACAAAACGUUUUAUUCCCAAAGGGUUUGAAUUGGGUACAACAUUGAGUUAGCAGAAUUGGUCUAUUAAAUCAUUAUUUCAGUCAUUAUUUUCUAUUGUUCACUAUUAAAUUUAUUACUCUGUUUUUGUUUUGUUUUUUUCAUCGCACAGGCUAUGCGCUUCCCACCAAAAUCCUAUAGCAAGGAUUUGGAAUCACUUGAGGUAUGUGGAGCUACAAUUUGUACAAUGUGUAUUUUUGAAAAAUGCUGUCACCAUAAUGCCCUGUGCAAACGGACACAACAUUGUUGACCAACAACUCCCAACAUUGUUGGGAGUUGUUGCAUUCAUUUCACACAUAGCUAAAAGUUGACCAGUUUCAAACUUUGUACAAUAACUUCCAACAAUUUGCAACAACAUGCAACAGGGUGUGCAAACAGACACUUGUAACAUCCAGCAAUGUGGGGAGCUGUUGGCCAACAAUGGUGUGUCCCUUUACACAUGGAUUAAGACAGUGUUUAUGAGUUGACAUUAACAGACCGGUGUGUUAGUGCAGCUUCAAGUUUCUUCAAGGCAACUUCGAUUCAAUGAUUUAAUUUAACCCUCCAUUCAAGUAAAGGAACAGUAGGGCAGGGAUUGGACACUUAUUUGUAUGUGAAGGGCCAGAAUUCAACCCACAGCUAUGCUGUGUACACAAGAAAUUUUGCUCUACAUUUUGAGGUUGUGUGGUUAGAAACCCCGCAGGUGCAACUGGAGAUUUCAGCAGGAUGUGGAAUGGGUCAGAGGCCCUUGAAAUCUCCACAGAGUAGUGUGAAAAGUUUGGUUUGGUGGCUUAUUUGGAGGGGGGGGCUGGAGGUGUUAGAAUAUCCAGUGGAGUGGGUGGCCAUGAAGAUCCUUUCCAUCAUUUAGGUCUUCUGAUGCCACACAUCACUUAGAAGGAAACACAGAAAAAGGAAGAAUUUUUAUUCAGCACUGUGUUAUUCUCAAGUACCACCCCUGAAUAAGCAUGGCAUCCACAAUAUCCAAAAACUUUGCUUCAAGUAUCUUCUCCCACCUUCUUCACUCGUGUUUCACAGUUCUCAACAUUGUGCUAAAAUUCCUGGUCAAUACUAUGUUGAUUUUAUUGUCAUGUUACAGGAACAACGAGAAAGAGAGAAACAAGACCUAGAGCUUGCCAAAGAGAUGGCUGAGGAUGAUGAUGAUUUUCCAUAAAUUCCUUCUAACUGCAUAUUACUUGCUAAUUAAUUAACUG